AUGGCAUUUCAUCCAUCAAUUAAAAAUUCUGGUCUUUAUCCAACAAGUAAUGCACCAUAUUUAUUUCGUGAUUGGAUGCGUAAAUUAUUACAUGAUUGGCCUUUUGAAAAUAUUUGUUGUGCACAUUUGGGUAUUAAAAUGGGUGGAGCACAUGCUGAUGUUACUACAUUACUUAAUAAUGCUGAACCUUUAUUUGCUAAAAUUAGUGAAAAAAAUCGAAAAAAAUAUUCCGAAUAUGAAAUACCAGUUGAUAAUCAUUCAAAUAUGAAUGUUAGUGAUAAUGAAUAUGGCUAA